AUGUCGGACGGUCGAGAGAAUAACCCCGUCAUGUUCAUACUCCCUUGCCUUGGGGUACUGGUCCCCCUUCCGUUCGUUAUCGCGACGCACCCGCCGGCUGCCAUCCGCGCCGCCAUUUUGGCCGCGCAGGUAUGGAUGGCCUGGUGGGUAACCGGCACAUACACAAUCUCCCUUGGCGAUCCUAUGAUGGACUACGCCAUCGCUUGCUUCUUGUACUCUCUACCUCUCAUGCACUGCCUGCACUUCUACUUCUUCACCGACGCGCUGACGGACGGGACGCGGCACGUAUACGAUAAGCAAGCCGCCAAAGACAUGCCUUUCUGGCAGCGCGUCUGGUGGGCGACUUGUCUCGCGAGUGCCGUACGCGGGGUAGGAUGGAAUUACGAGAUUGCCAACCUCCCGCCGAUCCCAAAGAGCCGAUCCCGCAGCGAGUUCUUCGCCGGCGCGCUGCGUGAUAUGGCCCUCUUCCUCUUCCUCGCCGACCUCGUCGAUAUCUAUGUGACGAGCAACCCGGUCAUGUCGACCCGCGCAGCGGAAGGGCUGUCCAUCCGCACGCAGGGCUUCGUCUUCCAAAGCUUGACGGCGAUCUUCUGGGCGAUAAACGUGUGGUCGAAUUUCCAGAUUGUCUAUUGUUUGGCUGCCAUGCUCUUUGUGGGCGCCGGGUGGUCGGAGCCGCGGUUCUGGCCUCGUAUGUGUGGAAGCUGGGCCGACGCCUACACUGUUCGACGGACGUGGGGACGUGUUUGGCAUCAGCUAUUCCGUCGCUUCGUCUCAUGCUUCGGCAAGACCGCCGCACGGUCGUUGGGAUAUGCGCCCGGGACCUUCGCCUCGCGCUACACCCAGCUCUUUGUCGGCUUCCUUGCCUCGGGCAUGAUCCACAACUGGGGCGACCGCAUGAUCGGGCAGACCUUCGGACGCUCGACCGUCUUCUUCCUCGCGCAGGUCAUCGCGAUUAUGCUCGAGGACCACAUCAUUGCGCUCGCGCGGGAGGCGGGUGUGAAGGAGGGCAAGGCGACGCGCGCGCUGGGGUACGCGUGGACGGUGCUGUGGUUCUCCGUCAGCGUGCCGUUCUUGAUGGACGUGAUGACGGACGCGGGGAGGCCGAGGAGCGCUGCGCUGCCGAGCUCGCCGAUUAAGACGCUCUGGUGGGCAGCGGGGCUGGAGGGCUCAAUCUCAAUUCCGUGGCCGGAGGCGGGGAAUGCUACGGUGGUGUAUUGA